AGGUUAUCUCCCCCUAGGAUUUUCACCAUCUGACUUCACUCAGAACCUAAGGUUACCACCCCUAGAGUUUUCUCCACCUGGCUUCAUUCACCAAGACUUAGUAUUUGGCUACCCAUGGAUCAGGUCCUCAAUCCACCUGGCUUCCACGAUCUACCGAGAUUUCUCUUGCCUCAGUAUUCGACUACCUAGAGAUCAGGUCCUUCAGAUCUAUCCAAUCCACCUAGCUUCCACGAUCUACCAAGAUUUCCCUUGCCUACCCUGCAACUAGGACUUCCUUUGUCUAACCGCAGUUAGGAUAGUCACUCGGUUGACUUCCCACCCUUGCAUAGCCAUGACUAGGACUUCCCAUGAUCAGACUCCAUUAAACAUACUUAAACAUAUUUGUUGAACAUUGAAACCUUGGAGGUCGAUUGCACCAACAUAUGUAUGCACUCAUUAGGAUGUUGUCGGCCCAUCUUGGAUAUGUUGACUUUUAAAUCAGUAUUAGGGGUUUUAAACAGGCAUUAGUUCAACCCAUGGCUGAUGCACUAUUUGUUGAUUUAUUUUUGAAAGCAGAGAAGGGAGAAUCAUAGUUCACCCUAUUGAGAUUUACUUAGUGAGUAGGAAACAGUGUUAAAAAAGAGUUAAUAUAAAAUGACCAUGUAAUCAGCAGGGUAUCAAAAUCCUGCUGAUUGGGGGAAAUCAGAAGGUCUGCAAUGCUUCCCAACCAAAAAAACCAAUACAAUUUGAUAUGUUUGGGGGGAAUCCUGCAGUCCGACAAACCACAGUUGUAGAAAGUGUUGCUAAUGAGGUUAGACAUCCUCUAGAACUGCCUUCUUUUUUCAGAAUAUCAUCAUUUAUCUUAGCCAGAUGGAGCUUAUCCAAGCUUGUGUGCAUGUGUUGAAGGCUCAUAAUGAAGCAUGUUCCAAUAUACAGAAUAAGUCAACCCAACAAUCAAAAUCUGGCUUGCUCUGACUGAAAGAGCUGCUGGAAAACAUUUGAAUGAAUCAACCAUCCCUGUGUAUCAAAGUCACAAUGGUAAAUCAGCAUGUGAUGAUUUGCACCAUUUGGGGUGUAUAUGACUUCCAGACCAGAUGAGUAAAGCAAGUGUUUGUGCUGAUAGCCAUUGAAGGAUGAGAGGAGUAGGUUGAUCUAAUGGAGAAACUGUGCUAUCAUCAGUAUUGCUAGUGAUUAGGGAAGCUGAUUAUAAAAGACCUUGAAAUGAGAGAAAAUUCCAUUGGGUGGUGGUAGGAGAGACCAAGUAGGAAACUGUUAGAGGAGAUGCUCCAAAUCAUGACACCCUUGCUAGAACAAGCUAAAUGCAAUUCAAGAAAGGUAAACUGUAGGUAGCAGCACUGGAACCAUUUACCAUGCCAGGAUGAAAAACUAUGCUCAUUACUGAUUUGAUUUGGCCUUAAAGCACAAAUGCAUAUGACCUCAAAGAUGCCCUUCCAUAAGGCAGACCACCAGUAGUGAUCUGCACCAGCAUCCAACCUGUACAAUUAUGUAGAAGAUGCUUCAUCACUGCUUUCCUAAGAAGGGGUGAGAAUAGGAGCUUCCACCACCAUUUUCAGGAGGAUAGAUUGGGACAAAUUCAGAAUACCCACCUCUCCAAGAAUGAGGAAGGUAUACCUGAUCCCAAUAAGCAAGAAAUCUGGCUGCCAACAGCUUCACCUGCCCAUGCUGCCAGAAGAAGUUCUUACAAAGCCCCCAAUCCACUCGAUUGAGGACCUAGGAAGCAGUAGGGACACCAAAGUCUGGUAAGUCAGCAUGGAGGUGAGUAAAUUAUUAACAAGCGUCAACCUUCAUCCAAGUGAUAAGAAAGCCCUUUGCCACGGGGCUUGUUUGCAAGCUAUCUACCAAUUAGCAGGCCUCAGCAGGAUCUCCCUGGUUUAUUCAGACCCAACUAGUAAGUGGUAACCCAAGUCAGAAAGCUGAACAAUUUGUUUUGGCUGUGAAUUCACUUCUUCAGGCAAUGGCGUUAUUGGGCCUUGGGGAUGCAGCUAAUGUUGCACAGCUGACUGGCUUAGAUGCUGUCAGCCUCAUCCGCAUGAUAGUAAAGGCUGCCUCAACCGCACGCAGCCACAAGAAAAAUUGCCAGAAAUUUGCACAGCAGCUGAAGUUGAUUGGUAACCUGUUGGAGCAGAUCAGAAUAACAGAGCUCAAGAAGCAUCCUUCUACUAGAGAACCAUUGGAGCUCUUGGAGGAUGCACUGAGGAGGUCUUACAUUCUUGUACACAGUUGCCACAACUGCAAUUAUCUGUAUCUGUUGGCCAUGGGAUGGAAAAUUAUUAAGCAAUUCAGGACUGCACACUCUGAGAUUACUGAAUACUUGAACCUUAUUCCACUCAUAACUCUUGUGGAUAUUCAGAGAAACCGAGAACAAACAAAAAAUAUCAAGCUGGAACAAUGUGUCAAUAAAUCGGAUGAAUUAGACAAGAAGGUGCAAGAUACUUUAUUUAAUUCAGGAUUUUUACUUGCAACUACAAAUAGACUUGCCAUCGGUCAUGCAUUUCUUCGGAAAUUCAAGUUCAAGGAAUUGAGGAGUGCCACUAUGAAUUUCAGUAACGUUAACUUUCUUGGAAGUGGAGGAUAUGUGAUGGUCUACAAGGGUUUGAUUGACCAUAGUUCCUUGAAAGGAGAGAGUUGUGGAUCUUAUUUCCUCAAGAAAAGAGCAAGUAAGGCAUCUAAGAUGACUGUUGCUAUCCAGAGACGAGUUUAUACCUUUAAACAUGGAUCACAGCAGUUUGAGGCUAAGUUAAACUAUCGAGGGUGCUUGUUACACCCUAAUGUUGUCAAACUGUUGGGCUAUUGCAAGGAGGAAAAUAUUAUUGUUUGUGAGUUCAUUCCUAAAGGGAGCUUAAAAGAUCACCUAUUUCAGAGAACACGUUUCCAGCCACUUCCUUGGAAGCUGAGAGUAAAGAUAGCAGUUGGCAUCGCUCGAGGUCUCGCAUACUUACACACAGCACAUGUCAUUCAUAGGGAUAUAAAGGCUGCCAACAUCCUUCUUGACUCUGAAUUCAAUCCAAAGCUAGCAGAUUUCGGGUUGGCUAUGUAUGGUCCGACUGAGAGGCAAUCCUUUCUCUCACAAGAUGUAUGUGACACCUAUGGUUAUCUUGCUCCUGAAUAUCUUGCCGAUGGCAAAGUGAAUGAGAAGAUUGAUGUGUAUGGAUUUGGAAUCCUGUUGCUGGAAUUGCUCUCCGGUAAGCAGGCAUAUGAAAUCCUCACAAUCAAAAAGAGCUCCAAAGAUGAAUGUGAAACAAGUCAACAUUUCUCAACAGAAGAAUGUGGAACAAGCAAAGAGGUCAUAGAAGAUUUAAGCACAACUGAACAACAAUGGUCAGAAAGUGUACUCCAAACAACUUUGCCCAACUAUGAAGAAGUUGCUGAUUCAUGUCUCUUAGAUUAUAAAACUCUGACUAGAUUGAUGGAGCCGGAUCUCCAUGGACAAUACCCAUUAAAAGCAGCAGUUCUUGCAGUGCAGCUUGCCAAAAGCUGUGUUACCUGGGAUCCUACUAGCCGGCCUGCCAUGCAAAAAGUUAUAGAGACGCUUGAGCAGAUUCAAACUAUUGACAAGCCUCCAGUCAAUUUGGGUUCUGAAAAAAUUUCUGAUCCUUGUUCUUCCUUUUACGAGGUUGAUUUUUCAGUUUCUAGCACAGUGGUAUAUGAGCCAGCUACUUUUGAUGCGGAUACGGAGUUAUCCUUCUCGGCAUUGAAAUAACAAUAUUUUUUUCAAAACUGAGAUUUGGUGUUCUGAAAAAAGUUUCGGCACGUAGGAGAUAAAAUCUUAAAUAUGUCUGUUCACUAUUACUUCAUUGACAUGGUAUAAAUGUAGGCUAAUUUUUUACAUUUGCAGAAUUGUUAUACAAAAGAAUUUGUCUGCUGA